AUGUUCACUCCUAAGCCUCCUGCUCCAGCUCCAUCUCCGGCGGCACAGGCACCAGAAAAGCCUACGAAGGCUCCCAUUGUAGAGAAUCCUGUUGCCCCUAAGGAUCUCUCUGGGUCAAUGAGUUUAUUUGUGCAGAAUAAUGUGGUGUUUCUUGCAGCUGGUGAAGAUCCUCAUAAACACUUGAAAGAAUUCCAUAUUGAUAAAGCAAAAGAUUGGCUCUAUUAUCUACCCUCCGGAUCAAUAACAACAUGGAAUGAGAUGAAAAGAUUGUUCUUAGACAAGUUCUUCCCUACAACAAGAGCUGCCAACAUCAGAAAAGAAAUUUGUGGCAUAACACAGUUCACUGGAGAAACGUUGUAUGAAUAUUGGGAAAGGUUUAAGCAACUGUGUGCUAAAUGCCCACAUCAUCAAAUCUCUUUGCAACUCCUAAUCCAAUAUUUCUAUGAAGGAUUAUUGCCAAUGGAUAGGAGCAUGAUUGAUGCAGCAAGUGGGGGAGCUUUAGUAGAUAAAACGCCUGAAGAAGCCAAGCAAUUAAUUUCAAACAUGGCCGAAAAUUCUCAGCAAUUUGGUACAAGGGCUGAUGGAGCUACAAGGCGAGUUAAUGAGGUAAGGCAAUUGCAAAUGGCAAAAGUCUGUGGAAUAUGUUCGCUGCAAGGACAUCCCACCGAUAUGUGUCCAAUAUUGCAACAAGACUCCAUGCAAGAAGCUAAUGCUCUAGGCAGAUUUACUGGUCAACCUCAAAGGAAGUAUGACCCAUUUUCCAAUCAUUACAAUCCUGGAUGGAGAGAUCACCCGAAUUUGAGCUAUGGGAACCAAGGAGGACAACAGAAAUAUCCUCCACAGAAUUUCAAUAGACAAUCUCAAGCUCCAAAUUCAGGUAUGUCUUUGGAAGAUAUUGUUAAAAAUCUUGCUAACAAUAAUCUUCAAUUUCAACAAGAAACAAGGUCAAACAUUCAGAAUUUAGGCAAUCAAAUAACUCAAUUGGCUACGUCAGUUAGUAAAUUGGAAGCCCAAAAUUCUGAAAAACUACCUUCGCAACCAGAAAUAAAUCCAAAGGAGAACGUUAGUGCAAUUUCUCUAAGAAGUGAAAAAAAGAUUCCUUCAGAAGUUUUGAUCAUCCCCUAUCUCUUUCAUCUAAGGCAUCAUGUAGGAUUAGCGAAACCAAAAGAAGAUGAGCAAGAAAAGGAGAUAUUGGAUACAUUUAGAAAGGUGGAGAUAAAUAUCCCACUAUUGGAUGCUAUCAAACAAAUUCCUAAAUAUGCAAAAUUCUUGAAGGAAUUGUGCACCAACAAAAGAAGAAUGAAGGAAAAGGAGAAAGUAGUGGUUGCAAUUGAAGAUAAUGCUAAACCAUCAAGGGAACCACAAAGGAGACUAAACCCAGCCAUGAAAGAAGUUGUCAUGAAAGAGAUACUCAAGCUAUUAGAUGUAGGUAUAAUCUACCCAAUCUCAUACAGUAAAUGGGUAAGUCCAAUUCAUGUUGUCCCUAAGAAAACUGGAAUGACUGUGGUAAGGAAUUCAGAUAAUGAACUUGUACCAAUGCGUGUGCAAAAUGGUUGGAGAAUGUGUAUAGAUUUCAGGAAGCUUAAUCAAGUAACUAGAAAAGAUCAUUUUCCCCUACCUUUCAUUAAUCAAAUGUUAGAACGAUUGGCGGGAAAAUCUUUCUUCUGUUUUCUUGAUGGUUUUUCAGGAUUCUAUCAAAUUCCUAUCGCACAAGAAGAUCAAGAAAAAACAACAUUCACUUGUCCUAUCGGAACCUAUGCUUAUAGGCGAAUGCCUUUUGGUCUCUGUAAUGCUCGUACGUUUCAAAGAUGCAUGAUGAGUAUUUUUUCUGAAUAUAUUGAGAAAUGCAUCAAAGUGUUUAUGGAUGACUUUACUGUGUAUGGGGAUUCAUUUGAUGAAUGCUUAGAAAAUUUAACGAAAGUUUUAAGGAGAUGUAUAGAAACAAACUUGAUUUUAAAUUAUGAGAAAUGUCAUUUUAUGGUCACCCAAGGCAUUGUAUUAAGGCAUGUGGUCUCCUCUAAGGGUAUAGAAGUUGAUAAGGCAAAAGUAGACAUAAUUGCAAACUUACCAUACCCUACCAAUGUUAGGGAAGUACGUUCUUUUCUAGGACAUGCAAGAUUUUAUUGCAGAUUUAUUAAGGAUUUUUCCAAGAUCGCUUUACCAUUGACAAAUUUACUGCAAAAAGAAGUUCAAUUCGAGUUUGGGAAAGAAUGCAGAGAGGCAUUCGUAAAACUCAAGGAUUUAUUGACAAGCACGCCUAUUAUUGAACCACCUAGAUGGGAUUUGCCUUUUGAAAUCAUGUGCAACACAAGCAAUUAUGCAGUGAGAGCAGUUCUAGGGCAACGGAUUGAGAAGAAAAGUCAUGUCAUCUAUUAUGCUUCCAGGACGUUAAAUUCCGCACAAUGCAAUUACUCCACGACAGAAAAUGAGCUUUUAUCAAUUGUCUUUGCUUUAGAUAAAUUUCGAUCUUAUGUGCUUGGUUCUAAAGUUAUUGUGUAUUCUGAUCAUGCAGCUUUGAAGUAUCUUUUAGCAAAGAAAGAAUCAAAACCAAGGCUAAUUCGAUGGAUUUUGCUUCAUCAAGAAUUUCACUUAAACAUCAAAGAUAGAAAAGGAGUUGAAAAUUCUGUUGCAGACCAUUUGAGUAGGUUGAUAAGGGAAGAAGAUGACCUACCCUUCAAUGACAAUUUUCCUGAUGAACAUUUGUUCCAACUCAAAGGUAUGAUUCCUUGGUACGCAGACAUGGUAAAUUACUUAGUCAUAAGAAAUCUACCUCAUUGUCUUAGAAAGUCUAGGAAGGUAAAGAUAAAGAGUGAAUCUAAGUAUUAUGUUUGGGAUGAACCCUUCUUAUGGAAAUUUUAUUCCGAUCAAGUGAUUAGGAGAUGUGUGCCUGAAAAUGAAACCAAUGGACAAGCCGAAGUUUCCAAUAGAGAAGUCAAAUCCAUCUUGGAAAAAAUGGUGAAUCCAGGAAGAAAGGAUUGGAGCCUUCGUUUAGAUGAUGCUCUUUGGGCAUACCGUACAGCUUAUAAAACUCCCAUAGGAAUGUCCCCUUAUCGGUUAGUCUUCAGAAAAGCAUAUCACUUACCGGUAAAAAUUGAGCAUAAGGCCUAUUGGGCAGUUCGGCAAUGCAACAUGAACAUGGAUAAAGCAGGAAUGUCAAGGCUACUACAAUUGCAAGAAUUAGAGGAGUUGCGAUUAGAUGCAUAUGAGAAUUCGAGAAUUUACAAAGAGAAGUCCAAAUUACUCCAUGAUAAUACUCUUAUAAGGAAACAAUUUAAGAUUGGUCAAAAAGUAUUGUUAUAUAAUUCUCGAUUGAAGCUUAUGCCUGGUAAGUUUCGUUCUCGAUGGCUCGGUCCAUUUGUUGUUACUAAUGUGUUUCCCUAUGGUGCAGUGGAAAUUAGAAGCUUGGAUUUGAACAAAAUUUUCAAAGUAAAUAGUAAUAGAUUGAAAAUAUUCCAAGAGGGCGAAAUUGUUCCAUGUCUCGAUAAUUUUCCCCUGGAUUACUCUACUUAUCCAGAUGACUAAGACGUUCCCUCACUCCGUCGAGCAAAACGACGUUAAAGAAUUGCGCUAUUGGGAGGCAACCCAAAUGUCUUCUUUAUUUAUUUAUUUACUUUUUAUUUUCAUUCAUUUAUUUUAUUUUAUUUUCUAACUUUUUUUUGCAGGAGGCAAAAAUUUGGAUAAGGCGUAACCACGCCUUGUUUCCACAAAAAAAAAUUACAGAAGCUCGCUUCUUACAAGGCGUGACCACGCCUUGUUCCAA